AGCAAGUAACACCUUGCUCAAGACCCCCUAGGCAAGAAUAGAAGGAAUGCCAAUAAGCGACAUCCUCGAAUUAUAUUUAAGUAUAUUAAAAAAUGAUAUUGUUUGAGUCCGCUGAAGUCUGGACUUUGAUCCUAAAGCGGAUUGGCUUAUCGUCGAAGCGAGUAGUUUUAUAUUGUAUCAAUAGUGAUUAAAGGCAGAUUGCUUGUCGUUUAGGAUCUGGUGUGAGACUUUCAUUUCUUUUAGAGCAGCCUGACGAGAUUGAUCGUGUCGCCACAAAGAGUUUUCACAAUCAAAGAUGAAUAUUUUUGCUGACUCAGCAAAGGAACAAAUCCUUUCAUGGGCAAUAGUGACCGCAACUGUGGUGCUGCUGGGGAAAGUGAUCCAAGCUUUCCUUUCAUUUAAGGUUUACGCAAGGAUCUUUAACAAGUGUCCAGGGGAAACCGACUUUCAUUGGUUAUAUGGAACUCUGCACAAGUUUCCUGGUCCUAAUGAGAGAGGCAUACAGUAUGACAUAGAGAACAUGGAGAAACGACCUCGAUUUACCCGAGUUUGGGCGGGACCUUUCACCCCCAUCUUGCUUAUCUACCAUCCUGAAUUGAUCCGUCUCAUCCUUAAAACUUCAGCCCCCAAGCCACGUGGAACGCUGUUGGCAUCAGUUUACGACAUGGGAUUGGGAUGGCUAGGUGAAGGGCUACUGAUCAGUAAUGGUGCCAGAUGGGCCCGGAGCCGUCGUCUGCUGACACCUGCCUUCCAUUUUGAUAUAUUGCGCUCGUAUGUUGCAAUCGAGAACAGAGCCUGUGACAUCCUGCUGAGCAAAAUUCAGAAGCAAGCAGACAGUGGAAAACCAUUUGAGGCAUUUGAUUAUGUCAGUCUUUGUCUCUUUGACAUUCUGCUGCAGUGUGCAUUUUCUUACUCUAGCAACUGUCAGACCACAGGCAAUGAAGACCCUUAUGUCAGUGCAGUGAAUGAGUUGCUGAAGCUGUGGAGUGAUCGCUCACUACAGCCAUUGCAUUUAGUGGAAUUUGUGUACCGACUGUCAGCGAAAGGCAAGCGAUGGUAUCAGCUUUGUGACUAUGUCCAUACUGUGUCUGAAGAUCUCAUAAAUAAAAGACAUCAGCUCUUGAAAGAGAGAGCUGAUAACCAAGAUUCACCAACCAAGAAGCAAACUCUCAGCUUUGUGGACAUUCUUCUUACAGCAAGAGAUGAAGAUGGGAAAGGGUUGUCUCUACUUGAGAUUCGCAAUGAAGCAGAUACUUUUCUUUUUGAAGGAUUUGAUACCACAACUAGUGCACUUUCAUGGACAUUGUACAGUUUGGCUCGAUGGCCACAACACCAGGCCCAGGUUCAAGAGGAAGUUGAUGCUUUGCUUCAAGACAGAGAAACAGAUGACAUACUUUGGGAUGAUUUGAGCCAGUUACCUUACACAACAGCAUGCAUCUAUGAGGCAAUACGCAACUAUUCUACAGUUCCCUUCAUUGAGCGCAUGACAGACAAACCACUAGAUAUUGAUGGGCAUCAGAUUCCAGCAGGUACCUAUGUGGCCUGUCACUUGUGGAUGCUGCAUCACAACCCAACUGUAUGGGACAGACCACAUGAAUAUCUGCCAGAACGUUUUCUUGGUGACAGAUCCAUUACCAUGGACCCUUUUCAGUUUGUUCCUUUUUCUGCAGGAUCAAGGAACUGCAUUGGCCAGAACUUUGCCAUGAAGGAACUUAAGAUUCUGGUAGCACGAAUUUUCCACCGAUUCCACCUUGAACUCGACCCUGGUCAUGAGGUCAUGAGGACACCACUGGCAACUUUCAAGACAGAAAAUGGUAUCAAACUGAUAGCCAAGAUGCGCAAAUCCACUGGAGGAAAUAUGUGAUUACACAUCUCCUUCAACCAGAGAUCUGGGGAUACUAGUGACACAAUCCCUUAUCCCCAGCCUGCUUUAGUCCUACCCUAGUUUUGUUAGGCCUUACAACCUGUCUCUACAAUAAGACAACAUGUCAUGUUAUGUGCAUGUCUUUUUCAUAUUUGCAAAUCAUGUGUGAAGAUGUGCUAUUAUUCUAUUUAUACAGUACAGUCUGAAGGCAUGAUAAUCUGAGAGUAUCCAAGUCUUAGAUGACUUUAUAUUAAUCAAUAUAUUAAUCAAUAAGAUGAAUGUGUGUAGACCAGUAAAAAGGAAUAAUAAAUGAAUAAAAUUCAUGAACAUGGAUAUUUACAAUAGAUGAGUACAGCAAAUGGCAGAUAUACCAGAGACAGGUACAGAAAAAUGACAUACCUGGAUAAAUGAAUCACUCCGUAAAGUAUUCAAUGAAGCUAGCUACAGUGCCAGCUCAUAUUCAUGACUGUGAUUCAGUAAAAAUGAUUCUAGAGUUAAUGAGCAAGGAUUUAUAGUAGCUAUGAAGAAGUAUUAUGACCAAUAAAAAAAUUGAUAGUUGUUAAAUACCAACCAAAUGUUGCCCAUGAUACUGUAUCACUCUAGUAGUGUAUUAAGUUAUGUCUUUGUUUAUAGAAGGUAGGGGUCAACAGUUCCCAGGACUGUCCCUUCCUCAUGCCAGACUUGAACUGCCCAUCCACGGCCACUGGCGACUGGACCUAUUGUUACGAAGUUGCCUGAGCCACUUGGGGAGACCAUGACCAGACAGGGCGGGGUGGGGGUGACCACGGGGGAGGUGGGGAGGGAGAUGAGAAAGGUUGUGACGAGACCAUCAGGAAAGGGGGUGGAUGGUUCUGGAACAUUCGAUGCGAGAUAGAAUAAGUAGUGUAGCUUUACAGUUGAGAGAGGCUUUUUGAUUUUGGAAGUGAGAGUGGAGAUGGCUAGUCAGCCGCCAAGUUAGACUGUGAAUAAAAUCUACGGUUUUGCGGCAAUU